AUGAUUUAUCUUAAGUCUAUGCUAAGAGUCAUUGACAACUCUGGUGCUCAAAUGGCAGAAUGCAUCAAAGUUUUAAGAAAAGGCUCACCAAAGUCGCCGGCCAGAGUUGGGGACAAAGUCGUUUGUGUGGUCCAAAAAGCUAGACCGUUGACUCAAAACAUCACUGGUACCUCAAAUACCAACCGCGUCAAGAAAGGAGACAUUGUGCAUGCGGUCAUAGUGCGUACAAAGCAGAAAAAUUCUAUUCGCAGUGACGGUUCGGCCGUGAGCUUCGGAGACAACGCGUGCGUUCUGAUUAAUAAAAACAGUGGUGAGCCACUUGGUUCAAGAAUCAUGGCCAAUGAUGGCUGCGUAAGUAGAGAAUUAAGGGAAAAAGGCUUCAACAAAAUCUGCUCAUUAGCAAGCAGAGUCGUCUAG